GGGUGGAGAUCAGUCACUUACAGAGAGAUAAUGAAGUACAAGUGGACAACUUGAAGCAGGAAAUCAUUCACUUACAGAGAGAUAAUGAAGCACAGGCAGCAAAGCUGGAGGGACAGAAGACUGAGAUGGACAACUUGAAGCAACAGCUACAAGCCAAACAGGUGGCUUUCUCUGCCUCUCUGUUGGCUUCAGGCUAUGGACAUGUCGGACCGUUUAACACACACACUACUCUGGUCUUCAGAUACGUUGUCACAAACAUUGGAAACGCCUACAACCCAAACACAGGGUUUUUCAUUGCACCAGUGAGAGGAGCCUACCACUUCGAGUUCUACAUAGGUACAUGGGCAGAUAAUUCACAUGCUACAGGUGUUGUGUUGGUCAAGAAUGGAGAGCAUAUUUUUGCUGCAUGGGAACAUCAAACUAACGGUUAUGGGAGCACUGCCAAUGGUGCCACACUGCUUCUAGAGGUUGGAGAUGUUGUGUUGUUGCGUCUGUGGGAAGACACAAGCAUAUUUGACAAUGGAAAUAACCACAGCACCUUCAGUGGUCAUCUGCUUUUCACCAUGUGAGAAAGAAACAGUCCUUUUUCUUCACACACUGCAGCAGUGUACCAGUCUUUGUUGAUAGAAGCUGUUUAAUGAGAAGAGAUUUGUGAAUUUUUCAACUGUUUCUGGAUUUGCAUUAAAAUAUACAGUGAUAGACUUUGAUAAGCCAAUUUGUUUUCAUUUCAAUUAAGGAUGUGCAGUAAUUCAU